GGCGAGCAGCGGCGGCGGCGCGGAGAAGCGCAGCGGAGGUUUUCUGGUUUCGGACCCCAGCGGCCGGAUGGUGAAAUCCUCCCUGCAGCGGAUCCUCAACAGCCACUGCUUCGCCAGAGAGAAGGAGGGGGAUAAACCCAGCACCACCGUCCACGCCACCCGCACCAUGCCGCUCCUCAGCCUGCACAGCCGCGGAGGCCGCAGCAGCGAGAGUUCCAGGGUCUCUCCUAACUGCUGUAGUAACCUGGGUCCAGGGCCUCGGUGGUGCUCCGAUGUCCCUCACCCACCCCUGAAGAUCCCAGGUGGGCGAGGGAAUAGUCAGAGGGAUCACAAUCUUUCAGCUAAUUUAUUUUACUCUGAUAAUCGGCUGAAUGUAACAGAGGAACUAACGUCUAACAGCAAGACGAGGAUUCUGAACGUCCAGACCAGGCUCACGGGUUCCAAACACAUUAACUGGAGAGCGGUGCUGAGCGGCUGCAGCCUGUACAUCGAGAUCCCCGGCGGCGCCCUGCCCGAGGGGAGCAAGGACAGCUUCGCAGUGCUGCUUGAGUUCGCGGAGGAGCAGCUCCACGCCGCCCACGUCUUCAUUUGCUUCCACAAGAACCGCGACGACAGAGCCGCCUUGCUCCGGACCUUCAGCUUUUUGGGCUUUGAGAUUGUGAGACCGGGGCAUCCCCUUGUCCCCAAGAGACCCGACGCUUGCUUCAUGGCCUACACGUUUGAGAGAGAGUCUGCGGGUGAGGAGGAGUAGUGGCGGGGCCACCUGCGUCCCUCGCGCUUUGCCGCCGCCGGAGCCCUGGAUCGCAGUCCGUGUGCGUGUGUUGCGCUUAGUGCGGUGGCGGGACCGACUGCUGCUCGGGGUGCAGACGUCAGGCCUGCUCCUCUCUGCUGGGUUUGUCCGCAUGUUGUAAUUGUGCAAAUAAACGCUCACUCCAAAUUAGCGGUAUAUUUCUUGAAGUUUAAUAUUGUGUUUGUGAUACUGAAGUAUUUGCUUUAAUUCUAAAUAAAAGUUUAUAUUUUACUUUUU